AUUCAUUGUCAGUUAAGUUAUAUUCAACACCACUACACCAAGUUAACUCAUACUGAACUUAUGUGUAAAUAAUAUUCAGUAUUUGUACGUAGAUCUUUUUUCUCAAUCUUGCUUCCUAAAUUUGACAAGAAUUUCAACCACACAUGCAACUCAAUUUCAACCACUUCAUGACUUUCUUAAUCAAGAAAAGUAGUGUAGGGCAUGGGUUGCUAUGUUGACUGCUUUAAGUGUUGUUGUUGCUAAAAAUAUCUGAAGUUGGUUGCUGACAUAGAGUUUUGUGGUGUAUGAUCUUGACAUUUGUUUGGAAAGAGAGAUGUGGUCUGAUUCAUGGUGCAGUGAGGAGAUAUCCAGAAAAGGUUGCAAAGUUGUUGCAUAGGGAUUUACAAUUCAUAGCUUCAAGUAACAUACUACUGAAAACAGAAUUGGAAAUAUGGGCUACUUAUAGAUAGAUGGCUUUCUUUGUCAUUAGAAUGUAAGUAGCUGAGAGUGGAAAGGAUUAAUGAUUGUAGAGGUGAGUAGUUUCUACAUAGGGUCUUUUGAGUCUAUCUUUGUUCUAUCAGUUUCUUCCUUUGAUCAAUACAAGCAACUGAUUGAACAAAAAAAUAGUGUACAAACAAUCAUGAAGAAUGGACACAUAUACUGAAUACAUGUAAGCAUAUGGGAAGUUCUACGGUACCAGGAUGAAAUCUGGGGUACUGCAUACCUUGAGUAAGAAAACGCUAUCCAGAAUUUGAAUUGACUGAUCUUUCAGAGAUGAUACUAUACUCUAACCCUUAAAGAUCAAAAUCUAGAGAAAUUUUACAAUGCUAUAUAGUAUUGGUACUAUAGGUUUUUGCCUUUAUGGUACAACUUAAAAUUAUACAUUUACGUUAUGGUACAACUUUAAAUUGUACCUAUACUUUUUGGGCAAAUUCUUUUAUGGUAUAACUUGAACUUGUACCUUUAUUUGAUGGUACAACUUCAAGUUGAAAGUUGUAUCAUAACAUAAUGGUACAAAUUGCUUUAUGGUAUAACCUAAACUUAUACAUUUUAUGUUAUGGUACAACUUUGAGUUGUACAUUAAAGCACCAAUGUUAUAUAACAUAGUAGAAGUGCUCCAAAAUCUAGGUCUUAAUUCUCUAAAUCUUACACCACAAGAUCAAUUUAAUUAGAAACAAUAAUCGACGAUUAUGAUUCGUCCAAAUAUAGGCAAAAAAAUCAAUGCACCAUCUUAGGGUAUAUAGUUUAUGAUUUAGAUAAUUAGGACCUAGGGUUCACUCAUUAAGGGUAUAGUAUCAUGCCCAAAAAUACUACUAAUUCGAGGUCUAGAUAGCGUUUUCAUACUCAAGGUAUGCAGUACCCCAGAUUUCACUCGGGAUACCGUAGAAGGCACCGUAAGCAUACUUAGCUGAAGUGAAAUUUUGGAAAGAAUGAACCAUUACCCAUUGAUAGUUGAAGUAAAUUUUUUUAAUAUAUUUGUAUGGUAUGAACUUUGACCAAAAUAAACAUCCUGGCCAAUUUUUUCGAUCUAUAACAUCCUGGCCGAAACUCUACAUCAAAAUAACUAAAUUGGCCAAACCCGACGUUUGACCGUUAACUUGGACGGUCAAACGCGUUGACUAACGGUCAACGCGCCAUGUCACUGCCAACUCAACAAAUUUCAAUUAAUUUUUUUUUAAUUUCCACCUAUUAUCAUUUUCCUUUUUUUUAUUUUUAACAAAAACAAAUAGAAAAAUGCUUUUAAUUUUCGGUUGUGCCUAUGUUACUCCGCCCGGCCGCCGAUGGAGACGACGGAGGCUCCCAGAAUCACUCCGUCCAACUCGUUCCGUCCAAAUCGCUCCGUCCAACUCGUUCUUCCGCCACCUCGAACGCCGAAUUUCCACCACCACUACGCCCCAACCACCGCCACCACCAUAAAUUGAAGAUUUUGAUCAACCUCCUCGGCCAUUCAUCAUAUUUUCGCCUCCAGAUCCGGCGCCCUUUCAUCCUCCGCGCACAACUGGGGAUCAUUUAACAAUUAACGCAACGUCGCCGGAGAAUAAUCGGACAAUAUAACAGAAGAAGACUUCUUCUGUUACAAUAACCAGAAAGAGGAAGAAAUCGUCAUAGAGGAGGGAGAAGAAAAAAUGAGUUUUGUUUCCGCGGGAGCAUAGGUGAAUUGGAUUUAGAAAAUGGCUUUCCUCGAUUCGUCCCUGAGCGUAGAGCAAUGGUCAGAUUUCUCAUCUAUUCUAUUUCCUGAUCAUUUCUCGUUGCUGGUUUGAAUUGAUUUCAGCUCCUCAUUGUCUAUUGCAGCGAGUUCAUCCGACGCUUCGCGAUUUUAGGAGCCUCCGUCGUCUCCAUCGGCGGCCGGGCGGAGGAACCGAGGCAUAACCAAAAAUUAGAAGCAUUUUUCUUUUUUUUUUUCAAAAUGAAAAAAAAAUAGGUGAAAAUUAAAAAAAGACCGUCCAAGUUAACGGUCAAACAUCGAGUUUGGCCAAUUUAGUUAUUUUGAUGUAUAGUUUGGGCUAGAAUGUUAUAAAUCAAAAAGGUUGGCCAGAAUAUUUGUUUUGGUCAAAGUUCAGUCUAUACAAAUAUAUUAACCAUAAAAUUUUCGACAACAUCCCUAAAACCUAAAACAUACACGGGUGAAUACAAGCUAGAUGUUGGAAUUAAGAAGUGAAAUUUAGUCCGUAUCCACCAAAUUAAAACUUCACAACAAUUCUUGCAGCUUUCUUUUCAGGUUUUUGGUUGUCUAAUAAGAAUGUUUUGUCCCUUUUGUAUGUAAUCGAAUAAACUUGGUAAUAGCUUACACCGAAACUGAGUGUACCUAGUAUCGAAUAUGAGUUUACCUUAUAUUAAAUAUGAGUUGGAAAUUGGAUAAGUGAUUUCAACUCUUAUUCAGUACCAUGUAAAAUCAAAUUUAGUGUGUAUUCGACCUAUGGUAAAUAUUAGGUAAACUCUUACUCACUGUCAGCUCAACUCAUUUGAAUCAUUCUCAUCUUUGAUAUCAUGUAAACUCAUUUUCAUUCAUUUGUCAAUUAAUAUCCAACUAUUUUAUCACUGCAAGUUAUAUUUCAAAAGAAGAACACAUAUACUUGAUACAAAUUCACAACUUGUAUUCAUUGCAUAAGAUAUACAACAUGCUUAAACUUGUAUCUGAAACAAACAAAACACAUAUUUUGCACUUCUAUAACUGUUAUUCAUUGCAUAAGAAAACUUCUACAAGAUUACAGUACUUAGUGAAAACCACCUUAGUUACAUCAACGAAUUCUGAUUCGGAUCUAAUUGCACAUGUUUUGCACUCGUUUUACUUAGAUGUUUGUGCCAAAUUCGCCCCUCAAAGGUUGAUUUUACGCUAGGUUCUUCGUGUUUGAGUGUGUUUCAGGAUUUAACAGGUGAAACCAGCCACGGAGUCGAAAGAUUGGUGAAAAGGAUCGAAAACCGGGAGAAGAGGUGAAAAAGAGACAGUUCACGGCUAACUGAGGGAGUUCACGAUCAUGUAAGACCGUGAAGAAGAGGAGUUGACCAUGAAUCGCGUGGCGUCCAUAGACAAUGUGAAGGUUACUAACGCAAGGUGAGUUCACGAUCACUAAUACCGUGAAUAGACGUGAGCGAUGCGGCGCGUUUUGGCGCACGCCUGGAGUUCACAGACGCGUUUCAUGGUAGACGGCUGUGAACUCAGGCCGUGAACUCACCUCAUCUCGGGUUUAAAAGAUGAGCCUAAAGGAGGAGAGAGGGGAGAGCCCACUUUUGUGUGAAACACCUUCUUCAGCAUUCUAGUGAGAGAAAUAGAACCAAAGAGAAGAAGAAGGUUAGGGUUUGGCUACAAGGCAGAUUUUGGGAAGAUUUCCUCCAAGGAAAGCUCAACUCAAGGGUCAAGAAGGCUGGGAGCAUCCUCAAAGAUGGUUUCCACCUUUUUCCCUUUUGUUUUUCCCACUUCUAGCAUGGAGUAGACCUCCUUUCACUUGGGUGUAGUGAAACCCUAACUCUGCCAUGUAGUUUUCUUGUAUGUGUUUUGGAUGAUUGUCAUUGGGUAUUGUUCAAUUCAAUGAUUGAGGCAUUAUUUACCAUGAUCGUGCAUGCUUGUUCUUAGCAACUUAGCGGUUGUGCAUGUUUUGUGCUUAGUAUCCUUAUGUUUGUGCAUUUAGUUGCUUAGCAACCUAAGGAUUGUGCAUAAUUGUACUUAGCACCCCUAGGUUUGUGCAUUUAGGUGCUAGUAAUCUAAUUUGCCACCUUACCCUAGUUUAGAGAGGAAAAUCCCCCUUUCAAGGGAGACUCAAUCGAGUUGGUUUCCCUCCGCUUCCUAAGCCACCUAAACUAGGUUAAGUUAGGGAGACCCUCAAUAUUGAGUGAAGCAAGUUGAUUAAUCGUGAUUAAACCGUCCGACCUUAGAGUUGUACUGAUUGUCUAAACCGAGAGUGUAGAGUGACACGGUUUUUCAUCCUUACCUCGGUUUAGCAAUUGAGAUGCAGUCUCAGACCACAUAUUCAUCGCUCUGCGGUUCGCGAUUAUCGUGCCCAAAGACAUCGUUCCAAUUCACAUAGCAUGAUAGCGGUUAGGGGGAAGCGACACCCGAGUGACUUUCCCACAAAAGAGUUUGCAAACCCAAUCACCUUUGCUUUCUUUUAUUUCAAUUAGCAAAUCUUUAAACCAAAGUUUUGUUGCUAGAUAAUGAUUUCAACAACUGAAGUAGGGGUAGACGGACCAGCCCGGGUCGAUAUCUAAACUAAAGUUUUGUUGCUAGAUAAUGAUUUCAACAACUGAAGUAUGGGUAGACGGACCGGUCCGGGUCGAUAUCUAAAUACUUACCCUAUACUGCACCCGAUUAGAGUUUAAAAACUUGGGCUCUAAUUGGGGUUUUAUUGUGGUGUAGUUUCGUGCGAGUCAAAUUCUCAACUAAAUCCCAUUUAAUAGGACAUAGAGAAUAACGAUUCUGGUGCAUGAUACAACUCUCAUUUAACACUUCAUAAACUUCUAUUGAAGCUUAUGGUGUUAAAACACAUCAUAAUACUUUUCUCAUUGAAAUCAUCCCUAGGGCUGAAAAUUUGCCUGUUCCGUCCCUGUCCCUGUCUGACCCGUCCCUGAAGGGUCAAAAUGUAUAACCGUCCCGUCCCGUCCCUGUCUCCUUCUUGGCCCUGUCUGACCCUCAAGGGUUGGGACGGGACGGGACGGGUCGGGUCAGUGGGUCGACCCUAAUCAACACACUUCUUUUUUACAAAUUACGUUUUGGUACCCAAAAUUAUUUUUUCUUGCAAUUUAGUACCUAAAUUUUAUUUUUUUACAAAUAAGUCCAUAAAUUUUGAUGGUAAAAUUACGUUUUGGUACCCAAUUUUUUUAUUUUUACAAAUUAGUACCUAAACUUUAAAAACUUGACAAAAAGGUCCAAUGAAGUAUGAGAUAUUUGUUGUUGCUAAGGGUCACAGGGUCAAAACGUGACCCGUCCCUAAGUUGUCCCGACCCGUCCCGACCCUUACAGGUUCAACAAAUGACCCGUCCCUAAUCUGUCCCUGUAGACAAACUGACUCGUCCCGACCCUUAGGGACGGGACGGGUCGGGACAGGUCAGUGGGUCUUCCGGGACAAGAUUUCACCCCUAAUCAUCCCACUUCUAUUCCUUGAAACUCAGGGGUCGUUUGGAUGUGGAAAUUUAAUGCAGUAAUUGGACCCAAUUACCACAUAAUGCAGUAAUUGGGUUAAAAACCCACGUUUGGCAGCGCAAAAAGGGUAUGGGAAUUGGACCGUGGAAAUUGGCUUCAAUUACCACAUUCAUUGUAAUUGAGAAUACUACAUCUCCCCCUAGUAAUUUGACAUUACCACGUUUUCUUCUUUCAAUUUCCAAAUGUGUCCCUAUGUCCUUCCUCUCCUUUUUUUUUAUAAGGGUGAUAUAGGUUUCAUUUUGUAAUUAAGGUACUACUUAAGGGAUUCGAACCUGGGACCUCCUUUUUUUCUUACUCCUUCUCCGUUUUCGCCUAACUAUUUCUUAAAAGAGUAGCCUCUUCUUUUUCAUUCAUCAAUGGUACCUCUUCUUCUUCAUCUCCCCUCACCUUCGUAUAUCUCCUAUAAUCCGUCGUCAAUUUCUUAAUUUUGGAUUCGCUUAAUUAUCCUAUUUACCGUCGAUUUUCCUACUUCUCCUCAUCGAAUUCGCCUAAACACUUUUAAUAUCCGUAUUUAAUGAAUUAAAUUGUUAACU